CACCCUCCGCGAGCCAUGCCGGGCAGGAGCGCGCCUCCCGCCCGCACCCCGCGGCGGCUGCUCCAGCUCCUGCUCCCGCUCCUGCUCCUGCUCCAGGUCUCCGCCUCGGCUGCUCGCGGGUCCGCCCCUGCGCCCCGGAACGCAACUUGUCUGGGGGCGAGCUGCUCACCUGCAUUGGGCCAGCGGCGCGGCGGGGAUGCCCCUCUGCGCGCCCGCGCGCCCCGGGUGCGGGAGCCGGGAGCCGCGGAGCACGCCGCGCCCUCGGGGGACCUGCCAGCGGCCCGGAGCGGCGGCCCCAGGGCGGGCCGAGGAGCGGAGGCGGCGGCGGCAGCGGAGCCCUCGGGACCUCCAGCCAGACCACCCGGCGGCUCCUGGAGGUGGAGAGGGGCCCGGGAUCCGGAGCCCCCCGGGCCUCUGGGGAGAGGGAACCCCACUGGCCUCCAGCUCUUCCUGCAGACCUCAGAGGAGAAGGAGAAGGGUCCCAGGGGCGCUGGCAUUUUGGGGCGCAGCCAGGAGCCCGGGGUGAGGACGGAACCCGGAGAAGCCAGCGACCUCUAUUACUGGCCCAGGAGAGCCGGGAGGCACCAGGGUUCCCACCGCGACUCGCCCUCCAAGGCGGUCCGCGGACCCCUGGGGCGCGAAGGGCGGGUGAUCGCGCCCCCCGGGAGGGCGCUGGCUCAGAAUGGGUCCUCCUCGGGGGAAGGGGUGCACGAACGCGAGGAUCCCCGCCGGCGCAACAGCACCAGCCGGCGCCUGCGCCUCAAGAACCCCUUCUACCCGCUGACCCCGGAGUCGUACGGGGCGUACGCGGUCAUGUGUCUGUCGGUGGUGAUCUUCGGCACCGGCAUCAUAGGCAACCUGGCGGUGAUGUGCAUCGUGUGCCACAACUACUACAUGCGCAGCAUCUCCAACUCCCUCCUGGCUAACCUGGCCUUCUGGGACUUCCUGAUCAUCUUCUUCUGCCUCCCGCUCGUCAUCUUCCAUGAGCUGACCAAGAAAUGGCUGCUGGAAGACUUCUCCUGCAAGAUUGUGCCCUACAUCGAGGUGGCCUCGCUGGGCGUCACGACCUUCACCUUAUGCGCUUUGUGCAUAGACCGCUUCAGGGCCGCCACCAACGUGCAGAUGUACUACGAGAUGAUCGAGAACUGUUCCUCCACCACCGCUAAGCUGGCGGUCAUCUGGGUGGGCGCCCUCCUGCUGGCGCUGCCCGAAGUGGUCCUCCGCCAGCUGAGCAGGGAGGACCCGGGCUCCGGGGGCCAGGCGCCCGCCGAGCGCUGCGCCAUCCGGAUCUCCCCGGACCUGCCGGACACCAUCUACGUGCUGGCGCUCACCUACGAUGGCGCGCGGCUCUGGUGGUACUUCGGCUGCUACUUCUGCCUGCCCACGCUCUUCACCAUCACCUGCUCCCUGGUGACGGCGCGCAAGAUCCGCCAGGCCGAGAAGGCCUGCGCCCGCGGGCACCGGCGGCAGAUCCAGCUGGAGAGCCAGAUGAACUGCACGGUGGUGGCGCUGGCCAUCCUCUACGGCUUCUGCAUCGUCCCCGAGAACAUCUACAACAUCGUGGCCGCCUACAUGGCCACCGGCGUGUCCCCGCAGACCAUGGACCUGCUGCACAUCAUCAGCCAGUUCCUGCUGUUCUUCAAGUCCUGCGUCACCCCCGUGGUCCUCUUCUGCCUGUGCAAGCCCUUCAGCCGCGCCUUCCUGGACUGCUGCUGCUGCUGCUGCGAAGAGUGCGCGCACAAGUCCUCCUCGGCGGCCGCCAGCGACAACGACAACGACAACGAGUACACCACGGAGCUGGAGCUGUCCCCGUUCAGCACCAUCCGCCGUGAGAUGUCCACCUUCGCCUCGGUGGGCACUCACUGCUGAAGGGCGCUGGGUUGGCUUCGGUUUUUUAUUUUCAUACCCUGCGAAAGUUUUUACUUCCUAUGUUUUUUUUUUUCCCCUGACUCUGAAAGACAUGCAGACAAAGGAAAGAAUUAUUAACUACUGUAGAACUGAUUUUUUUGCAAAUUAAUAUUUGUGCUUUGGGAAACAAACAAACAAACAAACAAACAAAUAAAAGGUUUAUAUUUAGGUAUUUAAGAAGUCCGAGGAGGCCAAUAGUUUUAGAUUAUGUUACCUGGUAUGGUGCUAAUAUUUUCUUUUGGGGAGAAAAGAAAACGUUCUCGCACCCUAACGGAUUGCUAAUUUUCAUUCUUUUCAAAGUAGGAUCACUGUAUGUGGAUGAUAGCCAUGUGAUUUUUGUAGGUUAUAUUACGUCUGAGUUGUAAUUGGAAGUAUAUUGUGUAUAUAUACUAUAUCAUGAGAUGAUUUUGUAGAUGGGAAACAUUCACAAAGUAGCGCCAAAUAAAUGACACUUUAUUCUUUAA